AUGCAAAGAAAUUUUUCUUCAAUAUGGCUCCCCAGCCAAGCAGACCCUAGAACCGCUAAUUAUCCUCUAAUGAAUAGCUUUUGGCCCACUGCCCUAAUAUCUCUCUUUUACGUUGUUGGGGUUUAUACUUGGGUUAAAAUCGCCGCUCCAAAGAAAAAGAAGACAGGAGCAUCAAACGGGCAUACAAACAACGGGAAUGUAUCCAACGGAAUUGCGCUAAAACCAGCCCCCCCUAAAUUUGAUCUCCUCAAGUGUCUGAUGGUGAUAUAUAACUUCUCAAUGGUUAUGUAUUCUUUAUACAUGACUGUUGAAAUAACUCAUCUUUUAUAUAUUUCUGAUUAUGGCUUGGGUUGUGUGCCAUUCGAUCCAACUGAUAACGAAUUACAACGACGUUUCGUCUUUAUGGGAUACAUGUUUUACUUCUCCAAAUUUUUGGAACUCCUCGAUACUCUCUUUUUCCUUCUCCGAGGCAAAUUUGACCAAGUCACUUUCCUCCACGUGUUUCAUCAUGGCGCUAUGCCUCCUUCAAUUUGGUGGGGAAUAAAGUACUCUCCUGGUGGAUUAGUGUUCAUAUUUCCGUUGGCAAACAGCGCUGUGCAUGUGAUAAUGUAUUUCUACUACGGUAUGUCCGCUCUGGGUCUCUAUCGUUACUUGUGGUGGAAGAAGUACCUCACUGCCCUCCAGAUGGUCCAGUUCUGCAUCUUCAUUGUGCAUCAAGGUCAAGUGCUAACCCCUAUCAAUUGGGAUUGCGAUUUCCCAAAGGUCUUUCCUUUAGCUAUUGUCGUCUACGCAAUUAUCUUCCUAUUUCUCUUUGGCAAUUUCUACGUUCAGGCAUACUGGCACAGAAUGCGAUUGGCUAGGGUCAUUGUUGAACAGCAAGCUGCCGCCUCGUUGCACAAGGAUUCAGCCGACGCCAAAACGAAUUGCAAGGACCAUAAACAUAAGAAAGCAGAGUAA